GAAAGGUACGCGUGGGCUUCGGCCAAUCAUGAGACGCGGACAUUCUGCAGCAGGGAGAGAGGCCCAGUUUUAGAGAUGAAGCAUUAAUCGAGCGUUCAGCGGGACGGGAAAAGGAAUAAAGCCAAACAAACAAUAACUGGAUAAAGGAGCAUAAAGACAAAAGCAGGAGCAUUAGCUUAUCUACGAGCAUGUCUGAGGAAACUGCCCCAGACGAAGCCAUGAACUCCACUCCAGCUCCGACCUUACAGAACCCUGCGGUUCCUUCAACAGCCUUGGACUUUGAUCCAGCUCCAAGCCCACACUUGGAGUCCUCAGAGCCCGAACCAGCUUCUGCACCACCACCGGGUGGAAAUUUAGCCUUCAAGAUCAUGACCUUCAGGCCCACCAUUGAGGAAUUCCGUGACUUUGCAAAGUACAUUACGUAUAUGGAAACCCAAGGAGCUCAUCGCGCAGGCUUAGCUAAGGUCAUUCCUCCUAAAGAGUGGAAGCCCAGACGCUCCUACGAGACCAUCGAAGAUAUGGUCAUUCCUGCGCCCAUCAUGCAGGUGGUCACCGGUCAGUCCGGACUUUUCACUCAAUACAACAUCCAGAAGAAGUCCAUGACUGUGGGCGAAUAUCGCAAACUGGCCAACAGUAAAAGGUACUGCACUCCUCAGCAUAAAGACUUUGAUGAUCUGGAGAGAAAAUACUGGAAGAAUUUGACAUUCGUGUCACCGAUCUAUGGUGCAGACAUCAGCGGCUCGCUAUACGAUCCUGACAUAACGGAGUGGAACAUUGGACAUCUGAACACGCUGCUUGACAUGGUGGAGCAAGAGUGUGGCAUCGUGAUUGAGGGCGUUAACACCCCCUACCUCUACUUCGGCAUGUGGAAGACCACAUUUGCCUGGCACACGGAGGACAUGGACCUCUACAGCAUCAACUACCUGCACUUCGGCCAGCCCAAGUCUUGGUACGCCAUUCCUCCUGAACACGGCAAGAGGCUAGAAAGACUGGCGAAAGGCUUUUUCCCCGGCAGCUCUCAGGGAUGUGAUGCCUUUCUUCGUCACAAGAUGACCCUUAUCUCUCCCUCCAUCCUGAAGAAGUACAGCAUCCCUUUUGAUCGAAUCACGCAGGAAGCGGGCGAGUUCAUGAUUACGUUCCCGUACGGCUACCAUGCAGGGUUCAACCACGGCUUCAACUGUGCCGAGUCCACCAACUUCGCCACACUGCGUUGGAUCGACUACGGCAAAAUGGCCACGCAGUGCACGUGUCGGAAGGACAUGGUGAAGAUCUCCAUGGACGUGUUUGUGCGCUGCUUGCAGCCGGACCGCUAUGAACUGUGGAAGAAGGGCAAGGACACGACUGUCCUGGACCACCAGAGGUCCACCACACUGACCAGCCCUGAGCUGGAGCACUGGAGGAAGAACAGAGUGACCUUUAGAGAAAAACAGCUCCGCAGAGCUCAGCAGAAAAUAAAGCAAAUACGCCGGCUGAAGCCUGAGGAGCUGAAGUUGCUGUCGGACGAGGGAAUUGAGCUGGACGUGGCUGAUUAUCAGAAGAGGCUGGAGGAGAAGGAGGCACAGAGGAAACAGCAGAGGGAGGAGAAGAUGACCAGAGAGGCCAUGCUCACUCUGGAGGCACUGGAGAGGGAGGAACAGGAGGCAGCACUCCGAGAAGGAGCAGCUUCCCAGAAGCCCGAAGCUGGAAAGGAGCCAGAGCAGGCAGACGAACAAGAGCAAAAGAAGAAGAAAAAGAAGAAAAAGGUAAAAUCACCUGAGGAGGACAGCUUCGAGCAGGCGUUCAAACCUUACGCAUUAUCCAAGAAGAACGAGGCUCAGAGCAACGGAGGCACAGCCGUCGGCAGCCCAGAUUCCAGCUUACAGGCAAACUUGUACCCGAAGAUGAAGAUGAAGGUGGAAGUGAAGAAGAGUCGCAGGCAUCCAUUCAGCAAACCACCCAUGCGCACUCCCACUUUCAUUGUCAAACAGGAGGCUUCCAGCGAUGAGGAAAUGUACUCGGGGCUGUCAGUAGGCGGUGCGGCGGAGCAGGAAGUGAAGAAGCAAGAGCAGUGCCACUUGUGGCAAACCCUUUCACCUGACUUCGUGGCAGAGAAGCAGUUUAAUGCUGGCAUGGCGACUCUGGAGCCACACUGCGCUGUCUGUACGAUGUUCUGCCCCUACACACAGCUCCAUAAGGAUAGCCCCCCAGCCUCCGAUGUCUCUGGUGUUCCUGUGUCUCGGUGUGGUGAACAGACUCGGCCCCUUGUGCCUGAGAUGUGUUUCAGUGCCGGCAUGGCGAACACAGAGCCGCUUCCCUCCAGUGCUGAGACGAGCAUGCUGCUCUCCUGCUCCUGCUGCAACCUGCAGGUUCAUGCCAGCUGCUAUGGCGUUAAGCCUGACACUCCACAAGAAAGCUGGAAGUGUUCUCGCUGUUAUGCAGUGGCCUGGACAGCAGCCUGUUGUUUGUGUAAUCUGCGAGGAGGAGCUUUGAAGAUGACCACAGAGAACAGGUGGGUGCACGUGAUUUGUGCCAUUGCAGUGGCUGAGGCUCGCUUUGUUAACGUUGUGGAAAGAGGGCCAGUUGACGUGUCCGCCAUCCCAGACACCAGGAAAAGUCUUAAGUGCGUCUUCUGCCACAAGUCCACGAAGCAGAUCUGUGGGGCGUGUAUCCAGUGUUCGCAUGAGAACUGCUCCACCUCCUUCCACGUCACCUGUGCGCACCUGGCCGGCGUGGUGAUGAAGCCCGCAGACUGGCCGUACGUUGUGUCUGUCACCUGUCACAAACACAAACAGAUCAACGUGAAGCAGGCGAAGGUGACCUCGCGCGACCUCUCUGUGGGUCAGCAGGCCAUCGGCAGGAGCAGCGAUGGUUGGUUUUAUCGCUGCACCAUCAUUGGCAUCGGGUCACAGACCUACUACGAGGUCAACUUCGACGACGGCUCCUACUGUGACAACAUUUACCCCGAGAAUGUGCUGAGUCAUGACUGUUUGCAUAAUGGCCCUCCUGAACUUGGUGAGCUGAUGGUCAUAAACACGAUAGAUGGACGAGUUCUUAACGCCUCCUUCGUCAAAGAACACGUGCACAAAUUUUACCAGGUGGAGUUUCAGGAUGAGACCCAGCUGUUGUUGAAGCAGAGUGAGAUUCACUCCCUCCAUCAGGAGCUGCCUAAGAGAGUGCUCUCUCGUCUGGUGACAAUGAACACUGAAGACUCUCAGGACAAAAUGGGUGAGGAGCCUCAGGCUGCAAAGCGUCCGCGUUUGCCCAUUCCUCCCACCAUGGCAGCUGUGGAGUCCCUCGAUGCCCGUCUCCUGCUCCAGGGGUCCUCCAGUGUCACUUCUUACUCAGGCUUCAGUGUUAACCCCGGCAACAGCAACACCCAAUCAACACCCACUUCCACCCCGGUGACCGCCUCUCCUGCCGAUGAGAGCUACACACACAGCUCGAGCUACGUUGCCUACAUGGAGUCUCUGCUCAACUCGGACUUCCCUCCAGAGGACGGUGAACAGGCACAGGGGUCCAUGUAUUAGUGCUUACACACACAAUGAGGAGAGCCUACUGCAUGUUUGUUUACUCUCGUGCUGU